AUGGGCCACAUAGAAGAAGUGUGUAAGGGUAAUUUAGGCAAUCUUGCAGAGGAACCAAUUUGUGAAGAUAUUAAUGAACAACAAAGUGUAAGACUCGAUGAAUUUGAAGCAUUUACAGAUGAUUAUUCAACUUAUGUUGACUUUGAUGUUGAGUACAGUGUACCAAAUGGUGAAGACAAUCAAGUAGAAAUGGAAAUUCUAGAGGGCAUGGUAAGUGAUGAUAGUGAAGAUGCUUUCUAUAACAUGAGUGAAUUCCAUAGUGUCGUGGAUGUAGAUGAACAUGGAAUUUUAAACAAGCAAACCGUAAGUAUAGGGAAUGACAUAGUUGAUGAAGAGUUGGAAGUUAUUCAACGUGAUGAUUAUCAGUAUGCAUGA